UCUGAGAUCAUUCGGCGAUUCCGGCGACCGUAAGCCUAAUGUGACGCGUCGGCAUACGUUGCCGUAUAGCAACACCAGGAUGGAUGCUAAUAGAUUCUCUUGUCUUGGACGGGUUUGGCAAAACUCAAAGUCGCUGGCCGUGCCAUGGUAACGCGAGCUUCUUCUUGGGAAACAGUCAACAAAAUGGAGGCUGUACCAGUAACAGGUGUGACACGUUUGCGCUUCACCGAGAAAGACGAUUUAGCUCUUCUCAGUGAAGUGAAUGCUUGCAACCCGCUUCGAAAUCCAUCAAAAUGGCAAGAGAUUACGAAAAACAUCGAACUUGCGACGAAGAAGGUGUUCAGCGGAAGAACCCUGCGUGAGAGAUGCAAGCUUCUGCUAGCGCAUUUCGCCAAGAACGACCGAGCAUGUCUUCGCAAGUCAGGCACUGAGGAAGAAUAUGCGGAGAACGAGUGGCUCCUACAGGAAAUUUCUCAACUCGCCGCCGAAGUACGCCUAGAAAUUGGAGAACGCAGGUCAUCCAAUGCGUCGCAGCGUUCCAGAGCGGCUGCAGUCAGGCAUGGCGCAGUCGCAGCUUUGCAGUCUUCUCAAGGACUUACGCGUCGAAUGGCCGCUGAAAUGAGGCCCAUGUCUCGGAAUGUCCCAACCGCUACGGUCAGCAGAGACGGCGCAGCAGCGAACCACGACACAACGUCGCCUGUUCAGCUUGGCAGCUCGUGCUCGCCGGCUGGUGCUUCAGCAUUGGAGCCCCCAGAAAGCGCGACUCAGCUGUUCAACAUAAUAUUUGAUGGCAACGACGUUUGCGCUUCAUCCUGCGCCCUCAUAGAUCCAUAUGAGAACACCCAAUGUACGCCCUGUGAGGCAGUGGCCUCUACAGGUUACACAAUAGGGAGUUCAGAAACGGCCGCUCCCCCGGAAUGGGAUGAAUCUGGUGACAUGACAAUGCCGAGAAUACAAACUGCUCGCAGAAGGAGGAGGCCUCAAGCACAACCGAAUGCAGACCAUGAGUUUCUGGAGAAACGGUGGCGCCACAAAAGCAGUAUUAGAGUGAAAGAAAUAGCACUGGACAUGGAGAGAAUACAGGUAGAAAAAGCGGAGCAGGAAAGAAAGAAACUGAAGACACAGAAGAAGUAUGAAAUAAAGCAAUACAGAAUGGAAAAAGAUUUUCUGCUGCGCGAACAAGAGCUUAAGUUACGGGCUGAUGAGCUGCAACAUAAACAAGGAAAAUAAACACCUGCAAACCACAACUCAACAAACACUGAUUGCUCUUCUUGAAGCUCUUGUAAACAAAAUAAACUAAUAAAUAAAGUAUUUGAGCGAAGUAUUAUGCUCUCUACAAGAAUAUCG